AUGUAUAUAAAUAAUCAUUUAACUACAAUGGAAUCAUUACCAAAUGAAAUUCUUAUUGAUUUAUAUCAAUAUUUCGAUGGUAGAGAAGUUUAUAAAAUUUUUUAUAAUCUUAAUUCUCGUUUUAAUUCUCUUCUUCAAUCUUUAUCACAUCUUUCUCUUUAUUUUCAAUCACCAUUUGAUAAUAUAAUUGAUUAUAAUAUGAUAUUAUCAUCUCAAAUUUAUACACUUAAUAUUUAUUCGAAACAAAAUAUAAAAUUUAAUCAAUUUUUAAAUAUUCAUCGUCUUAUUAUAUGGUUUCCAACUGAUGAACAAAUCUUUCAAAUAAAUUCGAAAUCUUUUCCAUAUCUUGAAUAUCUUUCUAUAUCAUAUACAAUUGCAAAACCUUCAAUUUGUUCAUUAUAUCAAAUAAUAUUUUCUAAUGGUUUACCAUUAUUAAAAUCUUGUUUUUUAUCUGGACAUGAAUCACCAAUAGAUACAAUUGAAUGGACUCAAUCACCAAAUAUUCAAUAUUUACAUAUAACAUCUAUUUCUUCAUCUAUUCUAAAUACUUGUCCGAAUUUAUAUUAUUUAAAUUUAGUAUUACCAACAUUACAUAAUAUAUCGAAAAAUUUAAAUAUUCAUUUGAAUAUUAAACGUAUGAAAUUAAUUCUUACAAGUAUUGUUUGGUUUGAAGAUGAAAAAAAUUUUGAAAUACUUUUAUCAUCAAUGCCAAAUAUUGAACGAUUAUCUUUACAUAAAUUAUUUUCUAUCAUAAAUUCAAUAGAUAUAAUUCUAAAUUAUGAUUGGUUAUCAACAAUAAUAUUUCGUUGUUUACCAUUAUUAAAACAAUUUACUUAUCAUAUUUAUAUUUUUAAUUUACUCAACAUAGAUCAAACAGAUAUUGAUCAAAAUCUUCUGGAAAUAAAGAAAAAUUUUUCAACUAUUUAUAAAAAUCAAUCCGAAUAUUUUCUUAAAAUAAAACAAUAUAAUACAUAA